AUGGCAUGGUCGUUGAUAUUAGUCGUGGUUAUUAUAUUUUUCACUUGGUGCAUAAAUGCAACAUCUAGGAAAGCCCGGCUUAUGUCAAGACUACCCGGUCCAAAAGGAUGGCCUAUUGUAGGAACCGCGUUUCAGUUCCUUGUGUCUCCUGAGGAGGUAUUCCAUAAAUUACGUGAAGAAUACAAAAGUUAUAAGGGUCUAACAAGCUAUUAUUCCUUCGGGUUUGGUUACAUCAACAUCUAUGACCCAGAGGAUAUCGAGACAAUACUUUCCGCAAGUCGAUUUAAUGACAAACAGAUACCGUAUACGUUUUUCCGAUCAUGGCUCGGAGAAGGUCUGCUAAUUAGUAAUGGAUCGAAAUGGCAUCAGAGAAGAAAACUUCUAACGUCAGCAUUUCACUUUAAUAUAUUGAAGAAAUAUACAAGUUCGUUUAUCGAAUACACUGAAAACUUAUUAAAGAAAAUUGAAAAUGAAACGAGCAACGAACAAACCGAUGUCCGACCCUUAUUAUCUAAUGCUACUUUACGUAUUAUGUGUCAAACAGCUAUGGGUAUUUCAAUGGACCAAGUAGCUGAAUCGGAAAAGAGAAAAUAUUUUGAGGCAAUACAUACGGUUGGUGAAUGUAUUGUCAGAAGGCUGUGUCGAAUUUGGUACUAUUCUAGCUUUGUGUACAAUCGUACCUCCCUUGGGAAAGCUGAAGCCAAAGCGCUUGUUAAUUUACAUGCAUUUACCAAUAAAGUUAUUCGAGAGAGAAAGACAUAUUUAGAAGAUAAAAAUAUAUUAGAAAUGACGGACUGUGAUCAGAUCUACGGAGGUAAUAAAGGAAGAUUGGCAAUGUUGGAUUUAUUGUUACAAAGCGAAAAGGAAGGGAAUAUAGAUCUAGAUGGUAUACGGGAGGAAGUUGAUACGUUUAUGUUUGAGGGCCACGAUACAACUGCCAUGGCGUUAUCCUUCUUUGUUAUGAGAAUUGCUAGUGAACCCGAGAUACAGGAAAAAAUGCAUGAAGAAUUAAAAACUAUAUUCCAAGGUUCUGAUCGAUUGCCUACGAUGGACGAUUUAAAUGAUAUGAAAUACUUGGAGUGCUGUAUCAAGGAAUCCCUGAGGUUAUAUCCCAGUGUUCCGUUUAUUGCUAGAUAUUUAAAUGAGGAUGUUGUUUUAAGUGGAUAUACAGUUCCAAAAGACGUAGCUUGUCACAUUCAUAUAUACGACCUUCAUCAUCGGGAGGACAUUUACCCGGAUGCCGAGAAGUUCAUCCCGGAAAGAUUUCUUCCUGAAAAUGUGGUGAAACGUCAUCGUUACGCUUAUCUACCAUUCAGUGCUGGUCCUAGGAAUUGUAUAGGGCAAAAAUUCGCUUUCCUAGAAAUGAAGACUGUGAUAUCGGGAUUAUUAAGAAAGUUCAAAAUAGAACCAGUGACAAAACCAAACGAAGUAACCCUUACUGCUGAUGUAGUUCUAAGAAGCACACACCCGCUAUAUGUAAGGUUCCGUCCUAUUAGUAAGAAGACGGCGCGCGAUCAGUGUGUGAAAAUGAUUUAUUUUCUAUUGGCUAUACUUUUAGUGGUCGUUUACGACAGAAUCCGAUAUAAAAAUAGUAUUUUCAGGAAAAUACCGGGACCGCCCUCAUUUCCUAUAAUAGGGAAUACAUGGAAUUUUAUAUCUACACCAGAUGAUUUAUUUACAUACCUGCGCUAUUUUCAUCGAAAAUACGGCAACUUUAGCCAAGUACAUGCCUUCAACUACCAAGCUGUUAAUUUGUACAAUCCAGAAGAUAUCGAGAAAAUCCUGUCUUCAACAACAUACAAUGACAAACGCAGGCCCUACACGUUCCUCAUGUCGUGGCUUGGAGAAGGUCUACUUACUAGUAACGGCGACAAAUGGCAUCAGAGAAGAAAACUUUUAACAUCUGCAUUUCAUUUCAACAUUCUGAAGAAAUACGCAAUGACAUUUACGGAACAAACUGAAGAAUUCCUUGUGAAGAUAGAAGGUGAAAUAGGAAGAGAUAAAACGGACAUAGUUCCAUUGAUUAUUAACUCGACACUUCGUAUAAUGUGUGAAACCGCAAUGGGUACCUCAAUAACAUCAGACAUAAAAACAGUUGUGGAUAAAUAUUUCCAAGCGAUGCAGAACUACAUCUACUGUGUUGUUCAACGGAUCUGCCGUACUUGGCUUUACUUCGACUACGUUUUCAUUUUUACGAGAAUAUUCUGGGCUCAAAGGGCAGCAGUGGCAGACUUACAUAAAUUUACGUUAAAAAUAAUAGAAGAAAGAAAAGCUUUGAAACAAGAAGAUAUUUUUACAGAUAUUGAUAAUGAUGUAGGCAUGAGCAAAAAGGGUAAACUUCCAAUGCUGGAUUUGCUCUUGGAAAAAGAGAAAAAAGGCGAAAUUGAUUUGAGAGGUAUUAGAGAAGAAGUGGAUACGUUUAUGUUUGAGGGUCACGACACCACAGCAAUGGCACUAAUAUUUAUCAUAAUGAGUAUAGCAAAUGAAAAUGAAGUUCAAGAGAAAAUAUACGAAGAAAUGGUGACCAUUUUAGGUGACUCCGACCGCACCCCGAGCAUUGAAGACUUAAACAGCAUGAAGUAUUUAGAAUGCUGUAUAAAGGAGUCACUUCGGUUGUACCCCAGCGUGCCUUUUAUUGCUAGAAAUACACCAAAAGAUACCGUUUUAAGUGGUUACACGAUCCCAGCGAACACAAUCUGUCACAUCUUUGUGUUUGACCUGCACCGAAGGGCGGAUAUCUAUCCAGAACCUGAGAAGUUUGUCCCUGAAAGGUUUCUACCAGAAAACGCUCACAAAAGGCAUCCUUUUUCUUACCUACCAUUUAGUGCUGGACCGAGGAAUUGUAUAGGUCAACGUUUCGCGAUGUUGGAAAUGAAAACAAUGAUAUCUGGUUUAAUUAGAAAGUAUCGUUUAGAAGCAGUUACAACUCCAGAAGACCUCGUAUUUACAACCGAUUUGGUUUUGAGAACAACCCAUCCUGUUUAUGUUAAAUUUCAUAAAAGAACUUAGAUCAAUAUAGUAUUUACAAAAUUUAUUUUUUCUAAUUUCCAUUGAUGCAUAGUAUCUAUAUCUAUAUUUAGUAUUUUACAAAUAUUUUCUAAUU